AUGGCUGCCACGCCGAAAACGAACCCGAAAUCCUCUCCGACGACUGCCCAAAGCCUCACGACAGCAGCUGCCAUCGCAGCCGCCGCUGCUGCGUCCAUCUCGCCAUCGCCACCGCCAUCACCGUCUCCAUCGCCACCACCACCACCACCACAUACGCCUGCCACCGCCCGUCGAAGGCCGCCCGGACGCACAGCCGCUGCCGCCGUCAUCGCCGAUCCUCUCUCCGACAAGGCAACGAUUCUGCUGAUCCGACGGACCCUCUGUGCUGACGAUGUCGGCCAGCCAGCUGCUCUGGGCCACGGCCAGCCCCCGGCUCCGGUCUCAACGGCCGCCCAACCUCAGGCUCUGACGCCGACGCCGACGCCGACGCCGACUGCCACGGCUACAACCUCUACAAUCUCUAUAGCUCCCACAACCUCCAUCCCAACCACCACCACUUCGGCCACUCCGCCUCCACAAACACCCAUCGAAGAACUGCUGCCACCGCUGACGAGCCGCAACGACGUCGACCUGCAGUUGUACGCCCUGCUGGCCGUCGUCGUGCGCGAGUUUGUCCAGACCUGGUAUUGCCGCAUCACCACCGACAGCCAGUUGGCCACCGAAAUCGUCCACAUCUUUGCCCACUGCACUCGCGCUCUCGAACAGCGGCUGCGCAAAGCCGACCUCGAAGGCCUCGUCUUUGACGAGCUGCCAGCCUUGUUGGAUAACCACGUCCAGGCCUACCGAAUCGCUCACCAACGUCUCGUCCCACUGCCUGUCCAGACAGACCCUCGCGUCGUCUAUCACGCUCUGCUCCCGCUGCCGGCCCUUGAGCCCGUGCCCUCCGCCAAGUCGGCCGAGUCCGUGCUCAGCCAAGCUGCCAACGAGUCGGCCUACCGCCAGCUGCUCGUCAGCGGUCUGCUCGCCGUCCUUUUGCCCACCGAGGACCUCGAAAACGAAUGUCUGACAUCGCUUCUUAGUCAGAUCUUGUCCGAGCUGCUGCUCGGCAACGUCUUGGCCGGCCGUGUUGCCGAACCCUGGAUGAUGUGGGAGAUUGUCGGCAUGUUGGCUCGCCUGUUGCGUGAGAAGAUCGACGGCGAGAACAACAACACUCUGCCAAAUUCGACGACAAAAUUGCCUCAGAAACUGCGCUCUCCUUCGCUCACUCCUCCGCCUACUCCCUCGCCUUCCUCCUUCUCGGCUCUUUCCUCCUCCAUCUCCUUACGCUUCUCCUCCUUUUCCUCUACCAUCACUCCCCUCUUCUGGUCGGCCCUGCGCAUCGGCUUCGCCCUUUACGCUUCCCUCCGCUUUCUAGUUGCCAGCAUCAGCCUCGCUCGCUCUCUGCCUCCACGUCAGCUCCAAUUCUCCGACCAGUCUAUGCCAGCUAAGAACAGCAGCCUUCCUGUCGCCCAUUCCGCUGCUCAUCUUCUUCCCUCUCCACCACCCGUCUUGGCCUACAGCCUGUGGCCUGCCGUCGCCAAUCUCGUCGAGUUCAAUGUCCGCAUGCCCUGGCUCAGCGGCUGUCUGUCCAUGGUCCAGUGGUUGGCUUUGACCGGUCCAGGUCGUAUCGGUGCCUUCGACGGGCCUCUUGACAGCAUUGAUGUCGAUGAGACCGAGGAGCAGCUAAUCCAGAGCGUAUCAUCGUCUCUGGCCUAUCUCUGGUCUACGGCCUCUGCAUUUUGGGCCAAUCGCAUCUCGGAGAAGCCGUUCUGGCUUCCUAUUGCUCAAUAUCCUCCCCAGCAACACCCAACCAACCGCUCUCGUUUACGCGCCCAAAUAUAA